AUCGACAGUCAUAAAAUAAGAAUUGAUUUUAUUGUUAUUUGUUUGUACUCACUACUCAGUAAUUGUAUUGUAGACCUCAAUUCUUGAUUUUAUUCCUUAGACUUUUCAUAACAGUUUUUUAAUGACAUGAUGUCGAACAUAAAAGAAAGUAAAAGUGUUGAAACUCUCACUACCGAUUUAUCCAUUUCGACUGGCAUCAGUGAAGAGGACAAGAAAUUGAAUGAAAUUUUAAAAAAUAGACUUAGGAAAUACAUAAAAAAGCUAGAUGAAACUUAUGCUAGCAUUACUAAAGAGGAGAGUGAGAGAAUUGAAUUGGACACAUUCAAACAGCUAUACAAACCUAAAACUGAGGGUGAUGCAGAGACAUACAAGAAAAUACCGAAAUUUCACUUCAAAUUACCUAAUUCCGAUGAUAUCCUAGCCCAGAAGCUCAGAGAAGAAACAAGAUCUCAGUUCCUACAAAAGAAAAGCAAAGAACUGUUGGACAAUAGUGAACUAAAACACUUGUGGAGUUUGUUAAAGAAAACAAAUGGUAGCUAUAGUAUGGCAAACAAUGAGGAACUUACAAUAGACUAUUUACAGUUCAGGAAGAUAAGAGAUGAAGCUGGACCCAAGUAUAGACCGUAUUUCACUGCUGAAGUGUUUGGUCGUCUUCAAGCCGCCGAGGGAGGUCUGGGUCGAGUGAAAGGAGUUUCGCUAUUCAAUUAUGUCAUGAGACGCGUUUGGCUUCAACAGACAAGGAUAGGUCUGUCACUAUAUGAUGUAACAGGCCAGGGUUAUCUCACUGAACAAGACCUGGAAGGCUACAUAGCGGAACUGGUUCCAUCUCUAGCUGCUCUCGAUGGUUUAGAUUCAUCAUUUACAUCUUUCUAUGUGUGUACAGCGGUUCGGAAAUUCCUUUUCUUCCUGGACCCCCUGAGAGUGGGUCGAGUCAGAAUAAGAGAUGUGCUGUCAUGUUCAUUCUUAGACGAUUUAUUGGAGUUACGUGAAGAAGACCUUCCGAUGGAGAUCCAGGAGCAGAAUUGGUUCAGUGCAGCAUCAGCUUUAAGGGUUUACGGACAGUACUUGAAUUUGGACAGAGAUCACAAUGGAAUGCUUAGUAUUACUGAACUGGCUGGAUAUGGUUCGGGGACUUUAACGAGGGCCUUCCUCCAGCGAGUGUUCCAGCAAUGUCUUACCUAUGAAGGAGAAAUGGACUAUAAGACCUACCUAGAUCUAGUACUAGCUUUAGAAAAUAGACGUCAGCCCGCUGCCCUAGCUUACCUGUUCAGAGUACUGGAUAUUAAUUCUCAAGGUUAUCUGGAUGCUUUCACACUUAACUAUUUCUUCAAAGCCAUUCAAGAACAGAUGGUAGCUCAUGGGGCUGAGCCGGUCAACUUUGAUGAUGUUAAAGAUGAGAUAUUUGACAUGAUACGUCCAGAACAUCCAUACAGGAUAACUCUGCAAGACCUGGUGAGGAGCGGGCACGGCCACACAGCAGUAUCUAUACUUCUGGAACUACACGGCUUCUGGGCUUAUGAGAAUAGAGAGGCCUUGGCUGCGGCUGGUGAUCACGCAUGAUAAUUUAUAUAAGUGCGCCUUAUUGAAAUAUGAGUUACGACUGUGUUAACUAGCCCCUCUCACAUUUUUACCUAAAUCGAAUAAUCGUAGCGGAAGGCAGGUAGGAGUCUUAAAAUUUUGAUUCUCAGUCGUGUAGAGGAAUUUUAGUAAUAAUAAAAUUAUACUAAAUUCGUAAUAUAUGGAUUGUGCGGAAUAGCAAGACUGAAUGACAGAACCUUAUGUAAUAAGGAACAUCUCGUUUGCUCGUGAUCACGGUUCCUGAAAAGCAACCGAAACGUCGGGAGUAUGUAGUUUUUAUUUUAUACAAAAAUAAAGCACGCGCAGUAUAUCCGAACAA